AUGAGUGAAUUUGCAGACGAUAAAAGGAAAACAGCACCACCAUCAUCAUUGUUACAACAUCAACAAUCAUCGUUUGGAAAUUCAAAACAGAUUGGUGUUGCACCAUUGCGAACUUCACACAUUUUAAAGUCACCACCAUUAGAAAAUGGAAAUUCAAAUGGAAAUCACCACCCACCCAUGCCAAAACCAAGAACAUUUUCUGUAAAUGUAUCUGCAUCAAUGAAUUCAUCUCAGAAUUUGGAACAACAACAACAAAGUCAUAAUCAUCAACCAACACCAACACCUUCACCUGCCCCUCAACAGCAGCAACAGCAACCUCCCAAUGUAUCACCUAGAAAUAAUCAACAACAGCAACCACCCAAUGUAUCACCUAGAAAUAAUCAACAACAACAACAACAGCAACAAGAUGGUGGAAAUCAAGCAUUUGUAAAUGGACAUGCAUUAUCACCUAGUCUACAGGCAUCCACUCCAACACCGCAACAGCAGCAACCUCUAAAAUCGGCAAUAAAAUCACCACCACCAAAAUUAGCACCACGUCAACCAUCGUCUUUCAAUUUAUCACCGAAUUCAUCGAGUAGCUCCCUCCUAGGAAGUGGAAACAGCAAUCUAAGUGAAGCGGACUCUGAUACCAGCAGUUUCAUGGGAGACGCUUCAAGUUUCAUGGGUGAGGACGUCGACCAGGUCGUUGAAGACUCUGAUGACGACACCGACGAGGAGGAGGAAGAGAUGCACGAGAACUUCCUCAAGGAGCUCGGUCUUGGCAACAAGAAUCGCGACGAACUCAAAGAACAAGAGAAGAAAGAAAUGGAACUACUUGCAGGUGGUACCAAAUUCAGAGUGACCCGAUGUUUCGUUGGUCUAGGAUCACCUCUCUCAACUUCACCCUCACAAAUGAUGUCAUCCACACCCUCACAAAUGAGAAAGAGUAUUUAUCCAACCCAACAACAACAACAGCAGCAACAGCAACAAGCUGCUUCCAAUGGAUUACAAAGCAAUGGAUCAUCAUCAUCAACAACAACACCCAACUCAAAUCAACCACCACAAACACUACAAAAUUCAAAUCGUAAGACUGUUUUCAACCCACGUUUUUCCAUUUACAGACCUGUUGCACCACGUAAACCACUUCCACCACCACCACCUCGUAAACCAGUCGCCAAAGCCUACAACGAUACACAAAUUAAAGCUGCCAUUAAAAUACAAAAAUGUUGGCGUAGAUAUCAACAAAUGUUACCAUUUAAGAAAUUAAAGGAUGUAAAGUUGAUAUUCGGUGGUAUCGAUGCGAUCAUUGCCAUCAAUACGACGCUGAUGAGUGACAUCGAAUCGAUUCUCGAGAAUUGGAAGCCCUACUCCAUUCUGGGUAAAUCAUUCACUACGCUCGGUGUCUUCCUCAAGGCGUACACCGACUAUGUGAAGAACUUUGACUUUUCGCUGCGUCGACUCCAGGCGUGUUCGAAAGAGAUGAAAUUCGUUGCUUUCAUCAAGCAGGCCGAAGACAAGACGGUACCGCGCUCCCGAUUGGAAUCACUGCUGAUUACACCGGUUCAACGUAUUCCAAGAUACGUACUUCUCCUACAGGAUCUAUUGAAACACACUGAGGAAUCACAUCCUGACUUCCCACAUAUCACAGAGGGAUUGGAAAUCAUCAAGAAAGUUGCCAUCUCUAUCAACGACACAAAACGACGUGCUGAUAAUUCUCUUAAAGUAAUUGAGGUUCAAAACAAAUUAGUUGGUAAAUUCCCUAAUUUGGUUGUAGCAGAUCGUAGAUAUGUUCAUGAAGGAUAUCUUUUAAGUGGACCGUCCAAUGUUAAGACUAAAAAAGUUUAUAUAUUCCUAUUUAAUGAUAUUAUUAUUUUCUCAAGACCAUCAUCAAACAAAAUAUUUAGUAAAUCUAAAUUUAAGUUUUUAAAGAUUGAAGAUUUAUUACCAUCACCAGCUUUAACUGAUAUACCAAAUAAUCCAAUUAUGACACAUGCAUUCGAUAUUGAAUUGAGAUCGGUUACUUGUACAUUCUUGGCAGAGUCUGAAGAUUCAAAACAAAUUUGGAUGAGUAAUUUCAGAAAGGUGUUCAGUGAUAUCAAUAGUCAGCAGAAUAACAAUCAAACUUUGGAUAAGAGAGCAGUCGAGAAGGCUGGUCAAGCAAAGACCUAUAUUGAGAAUCAUUUCACAAACAUCAUGGUUAAGGGUAGAGUCACAAGAGGUGGUACUGUCAGAGGACAAGCACCAGAGUCAGCGGAUGACUAUUCAGCAGAUGGCAGUGGUGGUGAUCUACAAGGUGGCGGUGGAGCACAUGGCAGUAGCAGUGGCAGUGGUGGCGGUGCCUCUGGAAACGAUCGUCAACCAAUGAUGGUAAGACAAGCGACAUUCCACAACAUGACUAUUCUCCAGCGAGAGGAACGUCUGAAAGGUAUGGCCGAGGAAACAAGUCAACUGAAAAUGGAACACCAGAAAUCGGAACAACAACAAACAUUUAAUAACAAUUUGAAUACAAUCAAUCAAUCUGUACAGCAACAACAACAACAACAACAACAACAACAAAAUGAUAGCAACAAGUAUUCUUCGAUAAAGUUUGGAACUGUCGGUCGUUCAACGAUGAUAACCGGUGCUAAGAAAGAUAAUAAUAAUAUUAGUGGUGGAGGAUCGUCAGAGGAUUUGAAUCAUCAUAUCGAUGGAACAGCCACACUGCAGCCAGAGAAGAAGCGAACAGGUGCACCUUCACUCAACAAGAUCUUCUCAACCAUCAAUCUUUCGUCGUCAUCCAAGGAUAAAGAUGGUAGUUCAACAUCUAAAUCGAAAUCGACACCAUCGCUAUCAUCGAUUAACAACAACCCUGCCGUCAAACAGAGUAAUCUCAAUCUCUCAGCACUCAACUCUGAGCUCAAAAAUAGACAGAAUCAAAAUCAAUCUUAA